AUGGUCAAAGAAAAUCACACCACCUUUUCUGGUUUCAUUCUUCUGGGAUACUCAGAGCUCCUCGAUCUGCAAGGUUUGCUCUUUGCUCUGUUCUUGUCCAUCUAUAUAGGGAUCAUAAUAGGAAAUGGACUGAUCAUAUAUGUUACAUUAACUGACCCUGCCCUUGACAAUCCUAUGUACUUCUUUUUGAAGAGUCUUUCCUUUCUGGAGAUCUGUUAUACCACAGUCACUAUUCCAAAGAUAAUGGCUAAUUUAGUGGUGGAAAACCAGACAAUUUCUUUCAUUGGCUGUGCUGUCCAGAUUUUCUUUAUGCUUUUACUAGGAGGGACUGAGUGUUUGCUGCUGGCUGCAAUGGCUUAUGACCGCUAUGUGGCGAUAUGUCACCCCUUGUACUAUAAGGCCAUCAUGAACAGGCAACUAUGUUUAGGACUGCUUAGUCUGUCAUUGAUUCUCAAUAUACCUAUGCAUGCGGGACAGCUAUACCUGUUGUUUACUUUACCCUUUUGUGACUCCCAUGAAAUCAACAACUUAUUCUGUGAUAUACCCCCUUUGCUAGAGUUGGCUUGUACUGACACCUACAUCAAUCAAGUAAUUAUAUUUGCAGCUGCCCUGUUUCUCCUAAUCAUCCCAUUUUCACUUAUUCUUGUAUCUUACUUGAAAAUAAUCUCAGCUAUUUUGAAGAUCUCUUCUGUGGAUGGUCGGAAGAAAGUGUUUUCCACUUGCUCCUCACAUCUCACUGUCGUAUGUCUUUUCUAUGGCUCAGCAACUAUUGUCUACUUGAGUCCUAGGUCAAAGGAAUCAGUGGAAAUUAAUAAGUUGUGUUCCUUGUUCUAUAUCAUUGUAGUGCCCAUGUUCAAUCCCAUCAUAUAUAGCUUGAGAAAUAAAGAAGUAAAAGUAUCACUAGGAAAGCUGUUUAGAAGGAAAAUGGUUCUGUAA